AUGACAAAACGGCGCCUUGACGACUUCCAAACAGAAAAUGCGGCCCCAGAGAAGCGAAUGCGUACUGAUGAUUCCAGCAAGAAAGAUCUCCUUUCAAGACUGAGCGAUGAACUCAUACUUCAUAUCCUGAGUUUUCUACCUACGCAGUCGCUGGGUUUUUGCCAGAGAUUGUCGCAUCGAUUUUAUGGACUCGCGGGUGAUUCGGAACUAUGGAAGCAGAAAUACUACUCGCGUUGGGUGUGGCCUCGGACCCGUCGUAUUCGUCAUCUCAAGGACUCCGGCCUUGCUUCCAACGUCACUUCCAAGCCGGCUGGUUACAUCCCAAGGCCGUCGAGAUGGAUUAGACUUGAGCAUUCAGCUAGAAAUUUAGAAAAUAUCGAUUGGAAGAAACAGUAUCGUCUGCGGCAUAACUGGUCCAAGGGAUCGUGCCGGGUCACUGAAGUCGAAGUCGCACCACCAUCGGUCCCACCGGUAUUAGUGAAGUUAUGCAAAGGGGUCGUGUUCACGGCUGAUGCGGGAAAUGGGCUUCGCGCGUGGACUACUGGGGACACGAAAUUGUGCCUGGCUAAACUGUCGUUUUCUACUGUAAAAGAAUGGGACGGCCCCCGUAUCACACCCACAUCGAUUGCCGUGACGCCAGGAGGUGACACCGAAGGCGAUUUCGAUGUGACCGUCGGGUUCGAGGAUGGGAGCUACAACGUAUAUUAUUUCAACUGUGACAGUGCACGUUUUUGUUUCCGAUUCUCACAUCCCACAUCGCCUAAUGGGGCCAUUACUGCUCUUGCAUCCUCAUCCUCCUAUCUCCUUACGUUAUCCCAGAACCAAACGCUAUCUCUCUACCGAAUUUGUUCUUCGGAGAGGGAGAGGGAAGAACGAGAGCACACCACGGAGUUGCCGAAAUUAAUUGCCUCCCUUAAAGCCAGUAACAUAUUCGCUCCACUUUCUCUAUCCAUCCGGUCCUUAGCGACCGAAAUCGUCGCAUCCAUAGCCUACAGCUUCUCCCGCAUAGAUUGCGGAUGGUCAGUUGGGAUACAGGAACUCCGGCUAAACCACGAUGGCGAGAAUCUAGGUUCCCGACUUGCAACGACUGUCGACAUCCAAUUCUGCGCUAACCCCUUUAACCUCUCGACCAAGAUACUAAAUACCGCCGGCAAAACUCAUCACAACAAAAUGAUGAGCGUUGCAAGCCCCAUCCAUAGAAAUAACAGAAAAGCUCAAUCCAUUAGCACCACACCUUCCUCGGUGUCCCAUAGCCCGUCUCUCUCCUACACACGUCCGCCCACCUCCAUCUCGUACAGCCAUCCAUAUCUCCUCACCUCUCACGCCGACAACACGUUGACAAUGUACCUAGUCGUCUCCACCGCCAAUGCUCUCACGAUCAAAACCGGUCGUCGUCUCUGGGGUCACACGUCCUCCGUAUCUGGCGUGCAGGUGAUUGAUAUAACUACAUCCGUCACAUUGGAGGAGGGGAAUGUGACACACUCAGUAGCACACCUUUUCAUUCUACUGCAGAAAGAUGGCACUCAAUACACUAGCAGCUAUCUGCACCAAGACAAGAAGGAAAAGCCGAAACAGCAGGAAUACCAACAGAGAUAG